CGGAAACCAGGCCUGGAGAGAGACCCGCCCACCUCCGUCAACUCCUUUAAACUGUCCGCACUGUUGGUGUGUUCCUCUUCCUGGAUCUGACGGCCCAGACCGAUAAGUUCAGAAGAUGAGUUACCCAGGAUACCCUCCACAAUCCGGUGGAUACCCGCCACAGGCAGGGGGCUACCCGCCACAGGCAGGCGGCUACCCACCACAGGCAGGGGGCUACCCGCCACAGGCAGGCGGCUACCCACCCCAACCAGGGGCGUACCCUCCGGCAGCGGGCGGCUAUCCCCCAGCACAAGGCGCCUAUCCUCAACCGGGUGGUGGAUACCCACCUCAGUCUGGAUACCCCGCAGCAGGGGGGUUUCCCCAGGCUGGCGGCUACCCUGCUCCAGGCGGAGGCUUUCCCCAGGCUGGUGGCUACCCUGGACAGCCGGGUCAGGGAGGUUAUCCCUCAAUGCCUCCAGCAGCCGGAGGCUGGGGUGCAGCACCAGGUGGCUACGGCGCGCCAGGAGGGGCUCCGCAAGGAUAUCCAGGGGGCCCUGCCCCAGGCCAGCCUAUGCCAAAUUAUCCCGGAGCCCCUGCCGGUGGCCCCUCAGUGCCUGGAUACGGGGGUGGCGUUCCAUCCAACCCUCAGGCACCAGCAAUUCCUAAAGGAUACAGGGGUUCCAUUAAAGAUUUUCCUGGAGCCGAUCCACUGAAAGAUGUUGAAGUCCUCCGAAAAGCAAUGAAGGGUUUUGGAACUGACGAAAACGCCAUUAUCGAGCUUCUGGGAGCUCGCUCCAUCAAGCAGAGAGUUGCAUUGAUAGCAGCCUACAAGACUACAUAUGGAAAGGAUUUAAUCAAGGAUCUGAAGUCUGAAAUUAGUGGAGACUUUGAAGACCUGGUUCUUGCCAUGCUGAAGACCCCGGCGCUGCUUGAUGCCUCUGAGCUGAGGGAGGCUAUAAAGGGUGCAGGAACUGAUGAAGCGUGUCUGAUCGAGAUUCUGUCGUCACGUUCCAACGCAGAGAUUCAAGAGAUCAACAGAGUUUACAAAGCUGAGUAUGGAAAGAAAUUGGAGGACGCCAUCAUCAGCGACACCUCCGGUCACUUCCGAAGACUCCUGGUGUCUCUUUGUCAGGGAAAUCGGGACGAGAGGGAGACCGUCGACGUCUCAUUGGCCAAACAAGACGCCCAGAAAUUGUACGCGGCUGGUGCGAAUAAGGUGGGAACUGAUGAGUCACAGUUCAAUGCCAUCCUGUGCGCUCGCAGCAAGCCCCACCUGCGUGCAGUCUUCCAGGAGUACCAGCAGAUGACUGGGAAAGACAUCGAAAAGAGUAUCUGCAGUGAAAUGUCUGGAAACCUGGAGUCUGGGAUGGUGGCUGUUGUCAAAUGCAUUAAGAACACUUCAGGCUACUUUGCUGAAAGACUCUAUAAAGCCAUGAAGGGAGCCGGGACCAAGGACAGGACCCUCAUCCGUAUCAUGGUGUCCCGCUCCGAGGUGGACAUGCUGGAUAUCAGACAGGCGUUUCUGAAGGCCUACGGGAAGUCACUGUACAACAACAUCUCUAGUGACACUUCAGGGGAUUACAAGAAGCUGCUGUUGAAGCUGUGUGGCGGAAAUGAUUAAAGAGCGUAGAAGUCGACAACAGGAGGACAACGCAUACGUCCACGCUGCAACGAAGAUAUAUAUAUGUAUGACUUAUAUCCCGUCUGAUGCAUGCCGCAAAUGCCUUUAUCAAAUCUAUAUUGAUUUUAUAUUUUCAUAUAUAUUUUGACAUGAUUUUCUAUAUAUUAGCUGCACUAGAUCAGUGAAAAAUCAGAUUUUGAAGAAGCAGAAGAGACUUGUGUCAUUUGUGUCACAACAUUUCCUACACUCUUCACAUUUAAUCUAUAUAUGCUUUAGUACAGUGGUGCUGUCCCAUAGAAUAUUAAUAUAUUAACCCUAGGGGGACUAUAAACCUUUGAACCUAAAGUCUGCUGUAGUUUGAAUACUGACAGCAGCAGCUCUGCAUUUAGUGAAUAAAAUAUGAUGAUUGUAGCUCACAGUUUUUCUGAGGUUAUGAAGGCAUUGACAAAUUCUGAUAAAUGCUAUGUAGGUUUUAUCAAAAACAAAUGUAAGAAGCUCCCAUCGAAAUAAGUCACAUGAUUAUUUUCAUGUUUAGAUGGCCAAAGUCAUGUUUACAGUGAUCUUAGGAUCUAUUCAAGUUAAAACCUUAUCCUUGCCAUCAGUCUUUCAGCAACUGGAUUGUUUUUUUUUUCUUCAUCUUGCUAGCUUCUGCAAAUUAGCUUUGUGUAUUUUCCUAUUACUGUUUAAUUUUUACAGCAAAAUUGUUAAACUCAGUGCCAAGAAGCCAAAGACCGGUAACAACUCAUGUCAUACCUGUUUUGCAUCUUCCUCUGUGAGGUGUUUGAGAGUAGUUAAAGCGUUGCAUAAUAUUCUGAUAUAACAGCCAAAAUGUAGUUUUUUUUCUUGUUGAUCUAAAAAAUAAAAACACGUUGCUCUGCCUGUGAUUGACUCUUUGUUGGUUUUAUGCUAUACUGCCAGUAGAGGGCUCUAGGUUCACCUUAAUAGGGUCAUUUCAUUCCUUUCAAUCAUUGUUUUGCCUGGACUUGCUUUUAAAAGUGAAACUGAAAAUGCAUUCAGUUUUAUUUUAACAAAUUUAAUAUCAUUGUUCACUAAUUUAACACAAGGAUAUGAAAAAAAUCUGUUAUUAAAAUGGA